AUGGCUCGCGGUAACCAACGUGAUCAGGAUCGUAUAAAGGCCCAGAAAAAAGCAGGAGGAGAGAAGAAGAAGAAUAACCAGACCGGUACCCAAAUGCAACAAUCCAAGGAGUCCAGCGCCGAAAUCAUGCGACAGAAACAGGCUGCUGCUGAGGCUCGCAAGGCCGCCGAGGCCGCCAAGAAAUAA